AUGAGUUUCGGUGGACGUGGUGGCGGUAGCUUUUCACGCGGCUCCAGAGGCGGUAGCAGCCGUGGAGGCGGAAGUUUUGGUGAUCAUGGUGGAAGAGGUGGGUUCGGUUCCGGCGGUCGUGGUGGCGGAAGCUUUGGCGACCGUGGUGGACGAGGUGGUUCCAGAGGAGGCAGUGGUGGAUUUCGCGGAUCAUCCAGAGGUGCCCCCGAUAGGCGCGGAGGCGCUAGAGGGGGUCGUGGAGGUAGCCGCGGAGGACGCCCUGGACUUGGCGCUGGAUCUGGAAAAGUUAUCAUCGAGCCUCAUCGUCACUCUGGCGUCUAUGUUGCGCGAGGAAAGGAAGAUCUUUUAGUGACGAAAAAUUUUGCCCCGGGUGAGUCUGUUUAUAACGAGAAGAGGAUAAGCGUUGAAUCUCCUACAAAUCCUGGCGAAAAAAUUGAAUAUCGCGUGUGGAAUCCGUUCCGAUCAAAGCUUGCUGCAGGAAUCCUUGGUGGAAUUGAAAACAUCCACAUUUCGCCGGGCUCCAAAGUGCUCUACUUGGGUGCAGCCUCUGGAACCUCUGUCUCUCAUGUGUCUGAUAUUGUUGGACCCACUGGUCUGGUUUAUGCAGUCGAGUUUUCGCACCGAUCUGGACGCGAUCUGAUAAAUAUGGCCAAAAGGCGUAUAAAUGUCAUUCCUAUCGUUGAGGAUGCUCGCCACCCGCACAAAUACAGAAUGCUUGUGGGGAUGGUCGAUACUAUUUUUGCAGACGUUGCGCAGCCAGAUCAGGCCCGUAUUAUUGCCCUGAAUGCUCAUCACUUUCUGAAGAACGGUGGUCAUAUUGUUAUCUCGAUAAAGGCAAACUGCAUCGAUUCGACUGUUGACGCUAGCGUUGUAUUUGCCAGAGAAAUCAAAAAACUCCAGGAGGAGCGGAUCAAGCCUCGGGAGCAACUCACCCUUGAGCCUUAUGAACGAGACCAUGCAUUAGUUGUGGGAGAGUAUCGUGCUCAAGCCAAACAGUCUUAA